GCUCCCUAUCCCUACUUAGAAUUAAUAACAUCAGAAAGGAAAUUCCCUCUCUGUUAACAUAACCUUAAAUUCUUUUCCGAGAUAUAUCAAUUUCAACGCAGUUCUAACCAUUUUCGAAUUAAUAAUCGGCUAUUGCAUGUUGAGAAUUUGUAUUAUAUAAAAAUGCCGACUAUUAAUAUUAAACGUGACUUGUUGUUUAAAACUCUUGGUAAAACAUAUUCGGAUGCCGAAUUUCAAAACUUAUGUUUUGAGUUUGGAUUAGAAUUGGACGAAGUGACAACAGAGAAACAAAUGAUGACAAAGGAGCAAAAUUUAAAUCAUAGUGGAGAAGUAUCUGAAGAAGUUGUAUAUAAAAUUGAUAUACCUGCAAACAGAUACGAUCUAUUAUGCUUAGAAGGUUUAGCUCUUGGACUUCUUAUAUUUCAAAAGCAAAUGGAUAUACCACAAUAUACAAAGAUAUUUCCAAGUACAAACACACAGAAGAUUAUAAUGACAAAGCAGUGUAUGAAAGUUAGAGGGCAUAUUGUUGCAGCUGUUUUACGUGAUGUUACAUUUUCUAAAGAUUCUUAUAACAGCUUCAUCGAUCUUCAAGAAAAAUUGCAUCAAAAUAUAGGUAGGAAAAGAACUUUAGUAUCGAUUGGAACCCAUGAUCUAGACACUGUCAGAGGUCCAUUUUUAUAUGAUGCAAGGCCACCAACUGACAUUUGUUUUAAGCCACUUAAUCAAGAGAUGGAAUAUACAGCAGAAGGAAUUAUGAAUUUAUAUGAAAACCAUGCGCAAUUAAAGCAAUAUCUGCAUAUUAUAAAGGACAGUCCAGUUUAUCCUGUAGUAGAAGACAGUAAUGGAAUCAUUUUAUCACUCCCACCUAUUAUCAAUGGAGACCACUCAAAAAUUACACUCAAUACUAAAAAUAUAUUAAUUGAAUGUACUGCGACAGAUUUAACAAAGGCAAAGGUAGUAUUGGAUACUAUAGUUUGUGCUUUUAGUCAAUACUGUAAAAUAAAAUAUUCAAUAGAAGUGGUGGAAAUUGUGUAUCCUGAUAAACAAGUAUUUCAUUAUCCAGACUUGAAAUAUCGAAUUGAGGAAAUAGAUUGUGAAAAAGCAAUAAAAUACAUUGGUAUAAAACAAACUGCGGAGGAAUUGGCUAAUUUGCUUUCUAGAAUGUCUUUGAAAACAUCUGUUAAAGAUGGUAAUAUAUUAAACAUCGAAGUGCCUCCUACAAGGCACGAUGUGAUACAUGCAUGUGAUAUUUAUGAAGAUAUUGCUAUAGCGUAUGGAUAUAAUAAAAUUGAGAAAACUAUACCGCAUUUAUCUACCACUGCGAAUGAGUUUCCACUGAAUAAAUUGUCUGAUCAACUACGGAUAGAAUUGGCUUGUGCUGGAUUUACAGAAGCAUUAACAUUUUCAUUGUGUUCUCGUGAAGAUGUAGCGGAUAAAUUAGGUCACGAAUUAUUAAACAUACCAGUUGUCCAUGUGUUAAAUCCAAAAACAUUAGAAUUUCAGGUUGCCCGUACCACUUUGAUACCAGGAUUAUUGAAAACGUUAGCUGCAAAUAAAAAGAUGCCACUUCCUCAUAAAUUAUUCGAAGUUUCCGACAUUAUAUUAAAAGAUAACGAUGUGGAAGUUGGUGCACGUAAUAAUCGACAUUUAUGCGCGGUAUAUUGCAAUAAAUCUGACGGUUUUGAAGUAAUUCAUGGUUUAUUGGAUAGAAUAUUACAAAUAUUAGAAGUGCCAUGGAAUGGCAGUAAGAAUACAAAUGGAUAUUAUCUUCGUGCUAUCGAUGAUCCAACUUUCUUCCCUCAUCGUUGUGCAGAAAUAUUAUGUUAUGAUAAAGUGAUUGGAAAGAUGGGAGUUCUACAUCCAGAUGUAAUUUCAAGAUUUGAAUUAAAUACACCUUGCUCUAUAUUAGAAAUUGAUAUCGAAUGCUUUUUAUAAGACAAUUAUAAAACUUAUUGUUUAUAAUAUGUUGGAAUAAAUUAUACAUUUUUCCUAUAA